UACCCAAACAAGGUGCAGUUUUGACGUGCAGUUGAACCAAAUGACCGACGAGGACUAUCGAACUACGUAACCAGUAGGUGUCGCUGCAUCAAAACCUAACCUCUGUAAAUACACGCCCUUCAGAGCCGCAUACCUUUUAAAAUUCUCACUGAUUCCUUUGCAUUAUGAAGGCGUGUUUUUCCACGUGACUCGAGCAGCGGUAGUGAAAAUAAUAGGACGCACAACACCGGAUGUCGCGUCAGAGAAGCAGAACCCCCACGAAGCAGGAACUGAAACGGACCCACGGAGAAACGCUUGCUGUCCGACUACAGGUCACAGCGUAGUCUGUGGGUCAGAAAGGCUCCACACAGCAACAGAGUUAGAGCGCAAGAACGUCGAGUGCAGCCAUGUCUGGAGCAUUAGCGAGGGUACUCUUCUACCCGACCCUGGCUUAUAAUGUUUUGAUGGAGAAGGUGUCGUCCAGGCGAUGGUUCGACCGGGUGGAUGAGACGGUGGUUCUCGGAGCUCUGCCCUUCAGAUCCAUGACCGGACAGCUUGUUGAAACAGAAAAUAUUCGAGGUGUCAUCACCAUGAACGAGGAAUAUGAGACCAAAUAUUUCUGCAACUCAGCUGAGGAGUGGAGAGCUGCAGGAGUAGAGCAACUGAGGCUGAGCACCGUGGACCUCACUGGUGUCCCAAGUUUGGAGAAUCUGCAUCGUGGUGUGGAGUUUGCCCUCAAGCAUCGAGAAAAAGGGUCCAGUGUUUACAUUCACUGCAAAGCUGGACGUUCUCGCAGCGCCACCUUGGCUGCUGCUUACCUCAUCAGGUUACACUGCUGGACUCCAGAGGAAGCCUGUCAGCAGCUGGCAUCAGUUCGACCUCACAUUCUGGUGCGUAAUGCUCAGCUAGAGAUGCUAAGGAGAUACUACCUGCAGGUGUGUGAAACCUCCAGCUGAUUAAACAGGACGAGCAAUGACACUGAAGUGCGUACUCUGCUGCUGGACUUGGUCUGGACUCUGUGUAAAGACAUGAAUCACAGCAGUUUUCUUUCUUUCUUUAAUCUAUUUCGGUCCACUUAAAGACAGUCUCUGCUCUCUGCUUUUUAAAGUUCAAAGACUUUUAUGUUUAAGAUUUCGAGUUUUUUUUUCAUUAUACAUUACUGAAGACAUACUACAACACAAUUGUGUUUUUUAAACACCUGAACACUUAAAGCAUCAGUGACAAUAUUCAUUAUUUACUUGAACAAUGUCUAUUUUAAAUCCUUGGAACAUAUCAACUUGACUUCAGUAAUUGUUUUAGCCACUAUAUACUGUUAAAUUUCAUACGAAAAACAAUAUUUUGGAUACUGUAUCUUUUUUUUAAACAAACAACUGUUUUGUCUGCAUUAGCAUUUUUUAUUUAAAUGUAUGUACAAUUUCUCCUGUGCCUUAGGAUGUAAAAAUUAUAUAAAAUAAAAUGUUUGUAUGUAAUGAAACAAA